UUUUUUUGAUCCCUGUGUUUUUUGGAUCUGUUUUAGGGGUCUCUUUGCUUUUGUGCCAUUCGAUUUAAAUUUCACGAACCCUAAAUCCAAGAUUUUUGAGCCAGGAAAAACACAACCUUUGCUUGCAAAUCAUGAUCAGAUUACCAAAUAGCAUCUCAUGUUUUUUUAAAAAAAAAAAAUUGGACAGAUUUUGUAUCCUGUGUGCGGCCUGAACUGGUAGGAAAUAUUGGAAAAUUUCCCAAAAAAUCGGUAAAAAUACCGAAAUUUCGGCGAUAUUUUCGAAUCGGUAAAAAUAGUGUCUUUCUCAGAAAUAUCGCAGAACUUUUUCGACAUUUCAAUCAGAUGAGUGAAGUACCUGUUCUGGGAGAGUGGCUAGAGUCUCCUGCAGGGGAGAUUGGUUUCGGAUACUCCAAAGCUCGCCUGAUUCUUUUCUGGUUGAUUUCUCUUCUCUCUGAUUUCUCCUUCAAAAUCCCCACUCAGCUCACUCUCUGUAAAAUCUCAUUUCACCCGAAAAUUCCAUCUCCACACCCUCAAAACUCUCUAAAAUCCAAGGAAAAGUUGUAAUGCCCAUCAGACAAGUUUUUGCCUUUAGACAAAGAUGGAGCGGGAAAUCAAGGUGAUCGGCAACUUCCUUUUUUUAAAAAAAAAAAAUAAAAAUCCAGAGCCAGUUGGACGGUCCGGAUUGAACCAUCUUCAUCCAAUGGCCAAAUCUGUUUUUUGGGUACUACUACUAAUGUCUUUUUGUUCCAUUAAAUAAGAUUUUAGGUCGUUGAAAUCAAAUUCUUAGUCUUGUUUGGAUUUGCGACCACAAUAGGUCACAUCCCUUGUAAGCUUUUGGACAAGUUCUUCUUCAAUUGUUUUGCAUUUCAUUUAAUAUAUAUUUUUUUUUCAUAGGAAUAAUGUAUAGAAUAUUUUAUAUGUUAGUGUUUUGUUGUAAGAAUAGAUAUAGUUAUUGAAUAAAAAAAAGUUGUUAAAAAUAUUUUAGUAGUUAUAAUGGAAAAAAUUAUAAAAAAAAUUAAAUAUUUAAAACCUAUAUACAAAUCAGGUUAAAAAUAUGAAAAAUAUCUAAUAGAAUAAGAUUCAGAACAUAGGCUCCAUAAAUAAAUGAUAGUUUUAAUAAUUUUUUCUUUGUAAAUAUUGAAAUGAUAUUAUAUACAUGAGUGAAAGGGUUAUAGAUGUAUUGAUUGAUUAUGUUCUAUGUUUCACAUUAAGUAAGGUACCGAAGUGGUACCGUAGAAUUCUCCUCUCCUGGGAGUUUGAUGGGAUCAUUUUUAAAUUUGCUUUUGGGAUAAGUUUAAAAUUAAUUUAAUGUAGGAUGAAAAUAUAUCGACGGAUAUUUUGGAAAAAAAAUUUUGAUAGGUAAAAAAUUGAUCAAAACUCAUAAAAAUGUAAAAAAAAACUUAAUAACAAUGUAAUUAGAAGUAUAAUAGAUAAUUUAAAUUUAUUCUGUUGAAUAAUUUGAUAUAUAUAUUAUAUGAUUUGCGAUAUUAUAUGUAAUUAUAUUAUAUGGGUUAAUAAAAAAUGUGAAUUUUGUAAUUACGCAUUCAUUAUCAAGCUUUAUAAAAAAUUUAAUUUUAUUAAAUACAAAUAAUUUAUAUAUAUUAACUUGAUUUCAUUAAAUACCAAUAAUUUGUAUAUAUUAUCGCAUAGCUGUUUGGGUUCACUUUGGAUCGUUGGAUCACAUCCAAAUUCACUUUGGACCAUCACCAUGGAGUCAUGAUUUGUUUCCUUUUUUUUUUUUUUUAUCUCUACUAAAUUUUUAAAAAAUCAAAAGGCCACACAUCCGAAAAGCCCUUUGCUGAAGACCCGCUUCUCUCACUCGGGCAUCAAAAAGCCCUUGGCUGAAGCUGCCCUCCGGACGAGAGAAUCGCCCCAACUUCCUCUUUCACUCUCAAUCCUCGCAGGUUCUAAUCUAAUCAUUUAUUACUUUUUUUUUUUUUUUGCAACCCCUGUUUGAUUCCCAAGAAAAUCCAUCCCCCAUUCAAUUUCCAGGAAAAUCCAUCCCCCAUUCGAUUUCCGGGAAAAUUCAUCCUCGUUUGAUUUCCGAGAAAAUUCAUCCUCGUUUGAUUUCCGAGAAAAUCCAUGCAAAACCCUCAAGGAAAACCAAAAAAAUUGCAUUUUUUUUUUCCUCCCUGUGUUUUCUGAUCUGUUCUAGGGUCGCUUUGCUUUUGUGCCAUUGGAUUUAAAUUUCACGAACCCUAAACCCACGAUUUUUGAGCCAGGCUGAAAAACAACCUUUGCCUGCAAGUCAUGAUCAGAUUACCAAGGAACAUCUUAUGUUUUUUUAAAAAAAAAAAAAAAAUUGGACAGAUUUUGUAUCCUGUGCGCGGCCUGGACUAGUAGGAAAUAUCGGGAAAUUUCCCGAAAAAUCGGCGAUACAAACCGAAAUUUCACCGAUUUUUUGCUUGCAGCCAUGUUUCGGUGAUUUUUUCGCCGAUUUUAACAGAAAUUUGGCGAAAUUUCUCCCGUCGACAUUUCGCCCCCCUCUUUCGUAUCGCCGGCCACCGAAACCCGAAAUUUCGGCGAAAUUUCUGUUAAAAAAAUGGAAACUUUCAUCCUUGUGUACAACUAGGAAAUUCUCACUAAAUUAGAUGUCGAGUAAGUUUAGGAAAUUGAGAUCCUCCCAGCACGCGAGCGAACGGGGCAUUCUUCUAAAUCUGCCGCUUAAAACGUCGCCGUUUUAACAACAUCUAGGACUCCAUUGUUGCAGAGGAUCGCAGAUCGAAACAUGAAACCCUAGAAACGGGAAAAUAUUUGUCAAGAUCAGACAUCUAAACCAAAUCGAUGGCGAAACAGUCGACGUCGUGGUUGACAUUUCACAAGAGAUGGCCUCUCUUGCUCGUGGCAUUGCUUUCAACGUCCACCGUGAUAGUCUUGCUCAUCAGAGCCGCAUCCGAUUCCUGCAACACUAAUUCCGUCACUACUACUACUACUAUUACUACUACUCCCCAUUACAGCUAUGAGAACACUCGAAUUCAGGUAACCUCACAAGUUGAAACCCCAUCGAAUCCUCUCCGAUUCAUGAAAUCCAAGCUCGUCCUCUUGGUUUCUCAUGAGCUUUCUCUUUCUGGUGGACCUCUGUUACUGAUGGAGCUUGCAUUUUUGUUAAGAGGUGUGGGUGCGGAAGUUGUCUGGCUUACCAUCCAAAAACCCACAGAUUCAGAUGAGGUCAUAUACAGUUUGGAGCAUAGGAUGUUGGACCGCGGAGUCAAGGUGUUCCCUGCAAAGGGUCAAGAAGCUAUAGAUACGGCUCUUAAAGCUGAUUUGGUUGUUUUAAAUACUGCUGUGGCUGGGAAGUGGUUGGAUUCUGUGGUUAAAGAAAAUGUCCCUCGCAUUCUUCCAAAGGUGUUGUGGUGGAUUCAUGAAAUGCGAGGGCAUUAUUUUAAAUUGGAGUAUGUUAAGCACCUUCCCUAUGUUGCUGGUGCCAUGAUUGAUUCACACACAACAGCAGAGUACUGGAAGAACAGAACACGAGAGCGGUUAGGAAUUAAGAUGCCUGAAACCUAUGUUGUGCACCUUGGAAAUAGCAAAGAACUGAUGGAAAUAGCUGAAAACAAUGUGGCCAAAAGGGUUCUCCGUGAACAUGUACGGGAAUCUCUCGGAGUGCGGAAUGAAGAUUUACUAUUUGCCGUAAUAAAUAGUGUUUCACGUGGGAAAGGUCAGGAUCUAUUUCUGCGUUCCUUCUAUCAAAGUUUGCAGCUGAUCAAAGGGAGGAAACUACAGGUGCCAUCAAUUCAUGCAGUAAUAGUGGGAAGUGACAUGAAUGCUCAAACAAAAUUUGAAACCGAACUUCGCAACUUUGUUGUGGAAAACAAAAUUCAAGACCAAGUGCAUUUCAUCAACAAAACCUUGACUGUAGCUCCUUAUUUAGCUUCUAUUGAUGUUCUUGUGCAAAAUUCUCAGGCCCGGGGAGAGUGUUUUGGGAGGAUAACCAUUGAAGCAAUGGCCUUUCAGCUGCCUGUACUGGGCACGGCAGCUGGAGGAACCACAGAGAUUGUGGUAAAUGGGACAACAGGUUUGUUGCAUAAUGUUGGGAAAGAAGGCGUGAAACCUCUUGCAAAUAAUAUUGUGAAGCUGGCAACAAAUGUUGAGAGGAGGUUGACAAUGGGAAAGAGAGGGUACGAAAGGGUUAAAGAGAGGUUCUUAGAACACCACAUGUCUGAGAGAAUUGCUUCAGUUCUAAAGGAAGUCUUGAAGAAGGCAGAAAACCACGCAUUUUCUUGAUUUUCAAGGACACUUGAAACAUUUUUCAGUUGAAAAUUUUGUUUUGGAUUUGGUGUCAUCGGUUUGGGAUUCUGCUUCCAUGUAUCAUAUGUAGAAAAAUGAGUACUAAUAUAGUACAUUAUUUUUUUCUAAAGAAAUAUUUUGGCUGUUGAGUCUA